UCUGGUUUUAACCAAUCAAAACGAAACUGCCCUUCACCAAAGCACAGCUCCUCCUCCUCCUCCUCCUCUCCUUAUUCUUCCAUACCCUGACGGAUAACCAAAACCGUUAGGGUCCCACAAAAGCCCCGCCGCCUCCGAGCUCUCUCUCUCUCUCUCUCUCUGCGGUUUCGGACUCUGUUCUGGGUUCGUGUGAUUCGCUGAGAUCCGAGGGAAAGCAGAGGGCAUAUCAAGAUGAAGGCACUUAUUCUCGUUGGAGGUUUUGGAACACGUUUGAGGCCAUUGACACUUAGUGUCCCUAAGCCACUUGUUGACUUUGCCAACAAGCCCAUGAUCCUGCAUCAGAUUGAGGCCCUUAAGGCAAUUGGUGUGACCGAAGUGGUUCUGGCUAUCAAUUACCAACCAGAGGUGAUGCUGAAUUUCUUGAAGGAGUUUGAGACAAAGGUUGGGAUCAAGAUCACAUGUUCACAAGAGACUGAACCCCUUGGCACUGCUGGUCCUCUGGCUCUUGCUAGGGACAAACUGAUAGACGAAUCUGGUGAACCCUUCUUUGUCCUUAACAGUGAUGUGAUCAGUGAUUACCCACUAAAAGAAAUGAUUGAAUUCCAUAAAUCCCAUGGAGGAGAGGCUUCUAUAAUGGUGACCAAGGUGGAUGAGCCAUCAAAAUAUGGAGUGGUGGUUAUGGAAGAGUCUACAGGGAAAGUGGAGAAAUUUGUGGAGAAACCAAAAUUGUUUGUUGGCAACAAAAUCAAUGCUGGAAUAUAUUUGUUGAAUCCCGAAGUUCUUGAUCGUAUUCAACUGAGACCAACCUCAAUUGAGAAAGAGGUUUUCCCAAAGAUUGCAUCAGAGAAUAAGCUCUUUGCAAUGGUCCUUCCUGGGUUUUGGAUGGACAUUGGACAGCCAAAGGAUUAUAUCACAGGCCUGAGACUCUACUUAGACUCGUUGAGGAAGAAGUCUUCAUCUAAGUUGUCCAAUGGCACCCACAUCGUGGGAAAUGUUCUGGUAGAUGAGACUGCUACAAUUGGUGAGGGGUGCCUGAUUGGACCAGAUGUUGCAAUUGGUCCCGGCUGUGUGGUUGAAUCAGGAGUUAGGCUUUCUCGCUGCACGGUAAUGCGCGGUGUUCGGAUCAAGAAGCAUGCUUGCAUUUCCAGUAGUAUCAUUGGAUGGCACUCCACUGUUGGGCAAUGGGCUCGUGUGGAGAACAUGACUAUCCUUGGUGAAGAUGUUCACGUAAGUGAUGAAAUCUACAGCAAUGGAGGUGUGGUUUUGCCUCACAAAGAAAUCAAGUCGAGCAUUUUGAAGCCAGAGAUUGUUAUGUGAGGGUGUGCUCUUGUUCGUGUUUAAGGAAUCACAGAAUGUGUCUAGAGAGGUAGUAACUUAGUUUUUUCUAAAUGCAUUUCUUCUUCUUCUUCUUUUUUCCUUCUCUUUUUUGUUUAAGUGUAAAUGUUCUGUGCUCCUUAUGAUGUUUGAAGGGUCAUUGUCUUCUUUGACUUCAUUGUUGUGCAAUAUGUAUUAGUGUAUCUGUGUAUGUAUAUAGGAAUAAAUUAUCAGGGUUUGUUUCUCUGGCUUUGUAACU